AUGGACAAUAUCAUUAAGUUGGAUAUAUUACAGGAGCCUUCACUUUGUUUCAGUUCACUUAAUACUUCAUGUGUAAAGUUAAAUUAUUCUCUGGAAGUCAGACUUUUGCUUUACAUUCUCUUUAGCAUUUCUUCUCUUAUCACUGUGUUUGGAAAUCUCCUUGUGAUCAUAACUGUUGUACAUUUCAGACAAUUACACACUCCAACUAAUUACCUUAUUCUCUCUCUGGCUGUUGCUGAUCUGCUUGUAGGAGGAGUAGUGAUGCCUCCUAGCAUGGUACGCUCUGUGGAAACUUGCUGGUAUUUAGGGAGCACAUUUUACAGAUAUUAUGCUGUGUGUCAUCCAUUUCUAUAUCACAGGAAAAUGACCCCUAACACUGUUAGAUUCAUGAUUGUUAUAUGUUGGGGCAUAUCUGCAGCACUCGGGUUUGGUAUGAUAUUUCUGGAACUAAAUAUUCUUGGAAGUGAAGAUUUUUAUUACAAUACCUUCCUUUGUGAAGGUGCAUGUAUGGUUUUUCAAACGAAAGCAGCAGCUUCAGUGUUUCCUAUUAUAUGCUUUUAUAUGCCUGCAGUAAUCAUGCUUUGUGUGUAUAUAAAAAUCUUACGCACUGCACAAAGACAAGCUCGUGCAAUUCAAUCUACAAAUGCACAGACAAAGAAAGCUGAUGAAAUAUCCAGUAUGAGCAAAUCUGAAAGGAAGGCAACAAAAACAUUGGCCAUAAUUGUAGGAGUUUUUCUUACUUCCUGGGUGCCAUUUUAUAUUUGUAACUGCGUAGAUCCAUUUGCAGGAUACUCAGUUCCUCCAGUUGUGUUUGAUAUUUUCCUUUGGAUUGGAUAUUUUAAUUCAACAUUCAAUCCAAUAGUCUAUGCUUUUUUCUACAUCUGGUUUAGACACGCUUUCAGAGUCAUUUUGACUGGGAAAAUAUUUCAGGCCAAUUCAUCCCACACUCGAUUGUUUUGA